AUGAAAGUACCAAGGAAAGAAGAGCGGGAAGAUCUCUAUGAAAGAGAAAAGAGCCCCAAGCACAGCACAAAACAAAAGGAACUUGACAAUCGGAUCUUGCAAGCUACUAGGUCAGUUUCUAAAUCGACUUUUGUGCACAGAGUUAUUAUCAAAUCGGAUCCGGAUCUUUUUGCUGAGUCUCGCUAUCUGGCUGGAAAAGGAGGCAGGAGCUUUUUCUUGACUAAUGGGCGAGGUCCCAAGAGGAAAAAGGUUGCUCCGCUUCCGUUAGUUAUUUUAGAGGCCAAUGUAAAGAUAAACCGACGUUUCACCAGUCUCAUGGGUGUGGAUGUCCAGUUCGUCCCGCCUCUCGUCAAAGAAGUUGAUAAUCCUCAGGAUUUGGUUCGUGGGCAUUUUCGGCCAGGAUGUUCAGAAAGGGUUUUUCGAAAAAAAGCGAAAGACUCAUAUUUCCCCUCCCGAGAUCCAGAUUCGCGAAGUCUAGCAUCUCGGUCGGUUGACGAAGCUUUUAUUGGACUCGCUUUCCUUCUCUCCGCUAAUCGCACUGAAAUGACUAGACUGGAUCGUUGGUUGAAUCUCCGCCCUACUUUCGCUUGGACCGAAAGCGGAAAAGAAGUCAACUUACUCGAGGGUGCGCGUCGCACUAAGCUAAUAGCUGGCCUAGUUCGGAAUGCUCAAACUAAACAAGCAAAGGAGGGAGAGGAGAAGGCAUUUCUUUCUAAAAGCCUUAUAUGGCGGCAUUCAUUCCCAUUUCCUCGACUCGCAUGGGUGGGAAAUCGAUUGAUGAGUCAGUUACUUGACUUGCUUGCCUUUUCGAUGACAUUGCGGCAAGCUAUCUCCUUUAAGGCAAAAAAGAAACGGUUUUUCGCACAGCUUGCUCAUAGUGCAGGUCCCACUUGUAUAUUGUAUUUGGCCGAAGAAGCAUCGGAUAGGUUGGAGUUCUUACCUUCUUGGGACUCCAUGGACCAAGAUCUGCUUUUAUUAUAUGGGCAAUAUCGAUCUACUUUAGUACAUCAUAUGGAUGUAGAAAAAGCUUCUGAUUUUGAUGAAUUGGAAACAUCUCUUUUCCAUUUCUAUUUACCUAGUUCAUAUCUUUCUUUCGUGUGUUCCGGGGAGUAA